AUGGGGCUUCUACGUUGCGUUCAAUCACCUGCAGUAAGCAGCAUUCCUCGAACUGGUUUGAUCGAAAAACCAUUUCUAUGUGGGCACACCGUUGUCAAAUUUAUCAAUAAUAAGAGAAACUGCCCAGAUGCGAGAAAGCUUAAAUUUAUUGAUUUUAGGCCUCAAGCUUCAGGCACCGUGAAAUCCAGCUUGGAGGCACCCAAUGCAACUUCAAUUGAUGCUGGUCUAAAGGACAGCAAUCUUGUUUUUGUCGCUGGUGCGACUGGUAGAGUUGGUUCACGAGCUGUAAGGGAGCUUUUGAAAUUAGGAUUUAAAGUUCGAGCAGGUGUUAGGAAUAUUCAGAGAGCGGAAUCUCUUGUGCAAAGCGUUAAAAGUAUGAAGCUUGGGGACGUGGCAGGAGAAAUUCAACCUAUAGAUAAGCUUGAACUUGUGGAAUGUGAUCUGGAGAAAAAAAAUCAGAUUGGUCCUGCACUGGGCAAUGCAUCAAUUGUUCUAUGUUGUAUUGGCGCCAGCGAGAAGGAGGUUUUUGAUGUAACUGGACCCUAUCGGAUUGACUACCAGGCAACGAAAAAUCUGAUUGAUGCAGCGGCUUCUGCAAAAGUUGAUCACUUCAUUUUGCUGACAUCUCUGGGUACAAACAAAUUUGGAUUUCCCGCGGCUAUCUUGAAUUUGUUUUGGGGAGUCCUUUGUUGGAAAAGGAAAGCAGAAGAAGCCCUACUUGCCAGUGGUCUCCCUUACACAAUAGUGAGACCUGGAGGAAUGGAGCGACCUACUGAUUCAUACAAGGAAACUCACAAUAUUGCUUUGUCACAAGAGGAUACUUUAUUCGGUGGCCAAGUAUCAAAUCUGCAGGUAGCUGAGUUAAUGGCAUUCAUGGCCAAAAACCGUAACCUUUCGUACUGUAAAGUUGUGGAAGUAAUUGCAGAAACUACAGCACCACUGACUUCCAUGGGAGAGCUCCUCAAAAAGAUCCCUUCCCAACGUGAAGAAAUUUACCCAUUCAAGGAAUCAGAUGAUGCAGAUGGACCCCAGCUUGAAGUUCCCGACAAUAUCACCUCUGAGAUCCCAAGCACUUCUGCAGAGGAAAAACCUAAAGAAAUGAAGGCAACCUCAACAACACCGCUUUCUCCAUAUAUUGUUUAUGAAGACUUGAAACCACCAAGCUCUCCCACUCCAACACCGAGUGGUUCCAAAAAGAAACCUUCUAGUGCCCCAACUUUGGCAGAAACGGCACCAGAGCUUAGCAGGGGAAAUGAUGUUGCAAAGAGUAGAAGUACCUCUUAUAUUGCGUCUGAUCUCUCACCGUACCCUGCGUACGAGGACCUCAAGCCCCCUUCAUCACCAUCUCCUAAUGUGCCAAUGAUAUCAGUGAACAACGUAUCUGAGAAUCUUGCUGACAACUCAGGGAAUGUUAAGGAACAUACUGAAUCAAAACCAAGACCCCUUUCACCUUAUGUAAUGUAUGAGGACUUGAAGCCGCCAAGUUCUCCUAUACCUUCGAAGCCUUGA